AUCGCUUGUGUACGGUUUUCUUUCUGUGUUGCGCUUAAUUAAAUUGUUUUCUUUUCCAAUAACAACUUGCUUUGUGCGCUUUGUUCCUAAAGUUAAUCAACGUCAACAACAAUAGCAUAAUGGCUGCCCUUGGCAUAGUGCGCGAGGCAGAAUUGCGAAGAAAACAAAUUUGCCGAUUCUGCCUGACACAACAAGAAGGCAAUUUGGCCUCUAUGUAUGAAGAAAAUAAACGUGUAAAGGCGAGUGCAUCGCUGCCGCUUCAGAUAAUGGCAAUAACAUCAAUAGAGAUCAAUGACGAUGAUGGCAUGCCGCGUUAUAUUUGUUUGGACUGCCGCUUGCUUUUUGAGCACUGUUAUCGCUUCAAGCAAAUGUGCAAAAAUGGUGAAACACUGCUGCGUCAAUAUCCGCUUACAGGCAAAUGGCCAGAGCCGCUAAAGAAACCACGCGCACCACCUAUGGUCAACAAAAUUCAAUUAACCGCCCAGAAGACGCCGGCUGCAAGCGUUACACCGCCCAAGAAACUGCUCAACUCAGUAGCCAAGAUGAAUAAUGUUGACAUCCACAGCGUAGAGAUAAUGGAAGACAUCACUGUGACCAAAAUGCUGCUCAAUUCGCCCGUGAAAACCGAAAAGAAGAAGCCGCAGCCAAAAGCGCAAUCUUAUCAGCUUAAAGUCGACAACAAUCAGGAGCUGUCCAUGGAUGAUGUGCAGAAUUUAAUAGCCGACAUGGAGGAUGAGCUGGAGCCAUUAGACGAAAUAGAAAUUAAACCUGGCAAGCCCAAGGUAUUGAACAUCGCCUCCAUGCGACUUCUGAAUAAGGGCGCUAGUGAAACGGUUGAGCCUUGCCUGGCCACUCCACAAAUCAAACACUACGAGGAUGGCAAUGUCACCCUUAUAACAGAGCUUAUUGAUCCCAGCAAGAUGGAGCCUACGGAUCCAAAAAAGAAUGCCGAACCUGUGGAAACAAAUGUGUUUCCCUGUCCAGACUGCGAACGCUCGUUCCCCUUAUUGCAGUUGCUCGAUAUUCAUCGGGUGAAUCAUACGCGUGAGCGCUGCUUUCAGUGUACCGAGUGCGAAAAGAGCUUCUUCUCAAAAUACGAUCUGCAGAAGCACAGCUUUGUACACACAGGCGAGCGUCCAUACAAGUGCACUGUCUGCGAAAAGGCCUUCACCCGGCGUGCUCUGCUGCAUCGUCAUGAACGCACACACACGGAUGUGCCCAAGUUUAUUUGUGUCCAUUGCGAGAAACCAUUCUUAUCACGCGACGAGAUGGAGAAGCAUGCCGAGCGUCAUACAAAGAAGCGUCCCUUUCAGUGUGGAAUCUGCCAAAAGUCCUUUGCCUUCAAGCAGGGUCUAGAGCGCCAUGAGGUUAUACACGAAACGAAUUUGCCUUUCCCUUGUCAAUACUGCGAACGCAGCUUCGUUACUGCAGGAAAGCUGGCGCGUCAUCUGGUUGCACAUGCUGGCAAGCGUGUUUAUCCUUGCAAAUAUUGUGCCAAGUCCUAUUUGCUGUCGCAUCAUCUGUCACGUCAUUUGCGUACACAUAAGCAGGCAUCGACCAUCUCGUUUAUCUGCAGCAUAUGCAAGGAUACCCAUAAGACUUAUGACAGUCUGGUGGAUCAUUCAACCAUACAUGCCAGUAUCUCCCUGACUUGUCCAUUGUGCAAGGCUAAAUUGAAGGACUAUGAUUGUGUCGAUCCGCAUAUCCAGGCGCACAAGGAUAGCGAGCGCUUUGCCUGCGAAUUUUGCGAUUUUAUAUUCUUAACGACCUCUGAGCUGAAGAGGCACAUCGAGGAUGAUCAUGUGGUAGAUAUGGUGCCAUAUCAAAAUGAAGAGGAAGCGGAGGCGGAAGAAGCUCGUGAUAGCGGCGAAGAAACAAAUUUAUUAGCGGAGCUGCUGGGCGAUGAACUGGAUGACUUACCCUCGCCACCGCCAGUCAAAAGGCGCAGAUCUUUGGAAAAAGUUAAAGCGGAAAAGUCAAGUAAAUCCACACGCACAAGUAGAGCUACCAUUAAACAAGAAUCUAGCUCACCGGAAUCCUCGAAACCUGUUGUGAAGCGGGAGCGUGAGCGUGAGCGCAGGUCUGAUGAGGCUGCUAAGAAGCCAAGUAAUCGGACUGUAGAGGAGACACGUAAGAGACGUCAUGGCAGAAGCUCUGCUAAAUAACAUAAAGCUAGCCGAUCGGAA